AUGGAUGUCGUAUAUGUACUUAAUGUAUUGGUUUUAGUAGUGUUGUUUGUAGGCAGCGAUGCGGGGGGUCACGAGGAAAGUCACCAUGACCACAUAAACUUGCACGUCCCAGAAUUCAUUCACCACGACCAUCAUACCAAAGUGAUCACAAUACAUCACCAUCAUCACAAGCCAAAGAAAGAACAUCACCACCACCAUCACCAUCAUCAUCAAAAACCUAAUAUUCUACAUGGACCACCAAAGUAUCAUCACUCUCACCAUCACACGAAAAGUUCAUCCCAUAGUGUGUCUAAAGGACAUAGUACCCAUCUUGGCCAAAACAGUCACGGAAAUCAUGGACAUAAAAAGAAACAGGGGCAUUCUGGACAUCACGGUCAUCACAAUUACAAGCAUUACGAGACUCCUGCAAUAAACUACGCACCACCGGUUAAGCACAAUCCCAGUCCAUCUUUCGGAAGUGAUUAUGGCGCCUUCUCACCAUCAGUACCGAAUAUACCAAGUUCACAAGUACAUGGAGUAGUGCACACAGUACAACAAGUUAAAGUUUUUGAUUCUUUACCAGGAGCAUUUAAAACAGGCGGUACAGGGUACGAAGUUAGAGAACAAGGGGAUGAGGGUGAUGAAGAUGUUUUUACUUCUGUUAAUUCUUUAUCUCAUUCGUAUCCAGAAGCAUUUGGCUAUGCAAGAAAUGCAGCUGCUCAACAGAGCGAUCCCUUUUCAGAUAUAAUCCAUUCAAAUACAAAUCAGUCACCAAAUACUGAUCCUUUUGCAGGUGCACAGCCACAGCCUAAUUACUCCAAUCUUGAAGAUUUUACGAUACAAACUCAAUCAGCUCAUACUUUACCUAGUGCUCAGCCGUCAUAUGCUGAAUUUACAGGAAACGAUAAUAUUGAUAAUUCAGAUAUAGGCAUAGGCAAUGGUUUUAGUGGUGAUCCGGUGCUGUCGUUUGCUGAAGCAGCCGAAGAUGAUUCGCCAGUUAGCUUCUCAAGAGAAGCUGGUUUGGAACAUGCAAUUAAUACAGGAGGAAUUGAAACUGUUGCAUACUAA